AGUUGGGGCUGUUCUCUUUAGAGAAGAGAAAAUUUGAUAGAAGUGUUAAAAACUAUGAAGGACCUGAACAGAGUAGAUAGUGAGAAACUGUUCCCAUUGGUGAAAGGGUUGAGAACCAGGGCAAUUGUAAAAAGCAAAGGUGACAUGUGGAAGAACUUUUUUAAACAGCAAAUGGUCAGGAUCUGGAGUAUGGUGAGGCAGAUUCAAACGCCCUUCAAAAACAAAAUUGCUAAAUUAUCUGAAGAAAAAAAUCUCAGGGUUACAGAGAAAGGAUACGGAAGGCGAACUAGGUGAGCUGCUUUCACAAAGAGCUAACACAGACACGAUCAGCCAAACGGCUUCCCUCCGUGUUUAUAGGGCACCUUGACCUGUUAACAAAAUCCUGAUCUGAAGCGAACCGUUUGAAGCUGAAUCCCAUACACCGUGAAUUUGAACUGCUCCCAACCGCUGCCUUCGACACCGAGCGUGCGUCUUGGCCUCGAUCUGAUUGGCCGGUUUGGAGUGCGGACCGGAAGUUACGCUGUUGAAGGAGGGAGAUUUGAAUGUUGGAGUCGAACAAAUUCAAAAAUCAAACGGGUACGUGGAGCAGAUCCAGAGUCGGGUGAAGACAGCGUGGGAUCCCGGAGCGGCGAUCCGGGAGCUGAUUGUACUUAGAGUUACCAGCCAACUAUGGCUGUUGAUUAUGAAGAGUUGCUUAAGCACUAUGAAUUACAGGAAACUAUUGGUGCAGGAGGGUUUGCUAAAGUAAAGCUGGCUCGUCACAUACUGACGAAGGAAAAAGUUGCUGUAAAGAUCAUGGACAAAGAGACACUUGGGGAAGACUUGCCUCGUGUUCAAACAGAAAUUGAAGCAAUGAAGAAUUUGAGCCACCAGCAUAUUUGUCGUUUGUAUCAUGUUGUAGAGACAGCACAAAAAAUCUUCAUCAUCCUGGAGUAUUGCCCUGGUGGAGAGUUGUUUGACUACAUUAUCGCGAAAGACCGACUAUCGGAGGAAGAAGCUCGGAUUUUUUUCCGUCAAAUUGUAUCUGCUGUGGCUUACGUUCACAGCCAGGGCUAUGCUCACCGUGAUCUUAAACCGGAAAAUCUACUGAUAGAUGAAGAUCAUAAUUUAAAGCUAAUUGAUUUUGGCCUAUGUGCAAAACCCAAAGGUGGUUUAGAUUACCAUUUAAAAACAUGCUGUGGCAGCCCUGCUUAUGCAGCACCUGAACUUAUUCAAGGGAAGGCUUACAUUGGCUCUGAGGCAGAUAUCUGGAGUAUGGGCGUUCUUUUGUAUGCACUUCUCUGUGGAUUUCUCCCAUUUGAUGACGAUAAUGUGAUGACUCUGUAUAAGAAAAUCAUGAGGGGAAAAUAUAAUGUACCUAAAUGGCUCUCACCUACAAGUGUACUGGUUUUGAAUCAAAUGUUGCAGGUGGAUCCAAAGAAGCGCAUCACAGUGAAACAUCUUCUAAGCCACCCUUGGCUAAUACAAGAUUACAACUGCCCAGUUGACUGGAACACCAGAUACCCAAUUGGCCAUCUUGAUGAGGACUGCAUUACAGAGUUAUCUGUGUUCUUCAAACGCUCAAAAAAGAGUAUGUCCAAUUUGGUGACAGAGUGGAAGUAUGAUAGAAUAACAGCUGCCUACCUGCUACUGUUACGUAAGAAGAACCAUGGCAAGCCUGUCCGCUUGUUCUCUUGCAAUGAAGAGCGUAGUAUGCCUUCAACACCUCUGGGGGAACUGAAGUCCAAGACGAAUGUAAAUUUUGAAAAUAUGGAAGAUAAUGACCACUAUAUGUGCAGAUCAGUGGAAUUCCCAGAUGAUUAUGCCAUCUCUGAGGAUCUGCAUUUUGCAGUCACGCCCCAAGUUGCAGAGCGAGCAAGAUGUAGAUCACUUAAAGAUUCUUCAGAAGAUAAUUUACGAUCUCUAGGUAAACAAAAAAUUACUUCAAAGAAAUCUGAAAACAAAGAAAAUAAAAAGCUGAAUGUGAAAACCGAUGAUCACUUCGUGCAGCCUGAAGCCAAAACACCAGUUGUUAAGAAAAGCUAUGAAAAGAAAAGUCUAUUCAAUCCCAAAGAAAAUGCAGAUAUUCAUUGUAAAGCCAUGAUCAGCUGCAACAAGGAGACGCCUAUAAAGCGCGAUACAAAUCAGCUUUUCUCAGAAGAACUAACAGCCACAUCAUUUAGUCCAGAAAGACGGACCCGUUCAUUGGACAUGGAUUUAAAUCAGGCUAAUGGCGAAAGUAGCCAGAAGAAAAAAGGAGCCAAGGUGUUUGGAAGUUUAGAACGGGGCUUGGACAAGAUGAUCACAAUGUUAACACCCAGCAAGCGGAAAAAGCCCUUUAAAGAUGGACCAAGAAGAAUCAAGGCUCAAUAUAAUGUAACUACAACAACCAUGCUGAAUGCAGAUGAAGUUUUGAAUGAAAUAAUUCUGGUUCUACCUACCAAACGAGUUGACUUUGUGCAAAAGGGAUAUACCUUAAAAUGUCGGACUAGGUCAGACUUUGGAAAGGUCACCAUGCAGUUUGAACUGGAGAUAUGUCAGCUCAGCAAGCCUGAGGUGAUUGGAAUCAGAAGACAGCGACUAAAGGGUGAUGCCUGGGUUUACAAACGUUUAGUUGAAGAUAUUUUAUCCAGUUCCAAUGUCUAAUCAAUGUUUACAUUGAAAACUUAAAGUGGUCUAAAUAUAGCUUUUAACAACGCUUAAUUGUUUUUAAAGGAAUCCUUUGUCAUAAUGGCUUUACUCCAAAGUAUUCCCUAUUCUAGAAAGUCUUACUUUUUCCACAAAAAUACAUUUAAUUUAAUUGGAUCCAACUGGAUCAAGAAGCAUUGGUAACAUGUUGGAUCACGUUUUAGAAAUGUGUUCAUGUAGGGGGAACCCCUUUUUAGUGAUUCUCUUAAAAAGCAGUCUGCUAAUUCGAUCUUUGAAACAGCUUUAAGAGAGUCAGCUGAGACGCUGCUUUAAAUGUACAAGCUAUAGAGGGCAAGGAAGGGUUAGGAGGUACAAAAAUAUGGUUGUGUUCCCAAGACCUGAAAUAUUAUAGUGUCAGUUCCUGACUGGAAUUAGCCGAAAGUUAGUAAGUUUUAAGAACUCAUUUAUACACCAAAAUAUAAUGAAGGAUUAAAUAGGAAUAUUUAUAAGUGGAGUAACUCUGGAUCAUCAUAGAAGUUUAGAAUGGAGUGUUCUCUUACAUUGUAAAGUAGCUUCAAUCUCCUUGUCUGAAAAUUGGGCCAUAAUUAGCUUUUCAGUACAAAGAAAACUCAUGAAUAAAUGUAUAAGAUAGCUCUAAUAGUUGUGUUUACAUUUAGUUCUCCAUUUUUAUUUUAGUAUACUUUUUCAUCAUGUAGCUUGUUUGUAUAAUUUGUAAAUAAUGCACUCAUUGUAUCCAUACAAAGUGGCUAUGCUAUCAUUCCUUAAUAAACUUGUAAAUAUUC